AUGUGGAGCACAUCAUUGUGUUCCAUGGAUGAAGCCAUCAAGAAGAAGGUCAAGGAAGAUGGAAGUUCCUUAAGAACACUCAUUCACUGUUGGAGUGUCACUUCCAGGGGAGACUUGGCCACCUGUCCUAAAGGCUUUUUAGUUACUGGCUGUACGUGUGGCUCUGCCUGUGGUUCAUGGGAUGUGCGUGCUGAGGCCACAUGUCAUUGCUAAUGUACUGGCAUGGAUUGGACAGGACACAGUGACUCUGAAGGAAUAGAUCCCUAA